UCAUACGCAACACAUACUGCACAGCACGUGUGUGCCAUUGUGUUGCGGUCCAGACUUUUAAAAGCAGGUCAAUGUGCUGCAUCAGUUGCGCUCGCUCUUCACUGUGCUCUGUGUGGGAAAGUUAGGUUUGAGGCUUUGAUUUGCGGGAAAAGAACGCAGAAUACCCCUCAGCUACAGUAAGAACUGGACUUACAAUAAUGAUCGCUGGAGUUUUUGGAGACAGUGGAAUUUAAAAAUUGACAUUGCUUGAUGACUGGGAAAUAACUGAACACUUCAGUCGAGCACUCUUGGAGCAGUGAGGAAUUUAAGUGGUCCAGUGAACACUGUUCAGAUUCCAACAUGAACAGGUCAACUCUUGCAACCAUUACGUUUGCUUUAUUCGUAGUCUGUGCUGAUGGAGCAAAAGAAAAUGGCAAAAAUAACAAAAAGCCAAAACAGAUUGUACCGUCUAUAAAUUGUGAUACCCGGGCAGGGAAGAUCAGUAUUCCAGAAUUCAUGGCGAGGUGUCCUGCAGGCUGUCAGGAGACGAAACAGCCUGUAUAUGGCACGGAUGUCUAUGCCUCCAUUUCCAGUGUGUGUAACGCUGCGCUUCACAGUGGUGUAAUGACUAAUGCUGGAGGUAAGAUCCUUGUGAACAAGGUCGCUGGACAGGCCUCUUACAGAGGCAGUUUCUCCAAUGGCAUCCGAUCCAUGUCUCUUCCUAAGUGGCGAGAAUCAUUCAUCGUGUCUGCUGGUAAAGCAAAGAAAGGAGUGACCUACCCAUCAAUCCUUGAAUUUCUAACUUCAAGGUCUGAAGUUGUAAGAACAGCAGGACAAAAAGAUGUCAAGGCCUCUCCAGCAACAACUACCCAUCAAACCACAACGACUCCAGAGCCAACGACUGCAACACCUGAACCCACAACCACCUCUCCCAAACCAAUGACCAUCACCACCAUUCAGCCACCUACCACCACAUCUAUCACCACAGUCAAACCCCGUGCAGCCACACACAAAAUCAGAGAAGCAGGUAGCAAUCACCCACUCUAUGCCUCUCUAAUCGCAGCUGCAAGUUCAAGGCAGGCCCAGAAUGCACAAGGAAAGGGGCCAACACCAGAUAUUAGUGCUGUUGUACCAGAUACUGGCUAUACCUGGACUGAAGUAGGAAGUGAUGAUACCCCAGAGACUGUCGAUGCCUGGAAACCUGAAGCAAAGCCCUUUGACACAGGCUUUGGUGUCAAAGAACAGGAUUCGGUCCCCAAAUUUCAAGAACCCGUUUCUCAGGGAGAUCCAAAUUGCAAAGUAGACAUUGUGUUCCUAAUGGACGGGAGCUGGAGCAUAGGAAAGCGUCGCUUUAAUAUCCAAAAAGAAUUCCUGGCUGAUAUUUCCCAAGCCCUUGAUGUUGGAAUGGCUGGUCCUAUGCUGGGCAUUAUUCAAUUUGGCAAUGAUCCAGUUACAGAAUUCAACCUGAAGGCCUACUCCAGUUCCAGAGACCUGAAGCCUGUAAUAGAGAAGAUCGUCCAGAAGGGGGGACUCUCCAAUGUCGGAAAGGCCUUGUCCUACACCAACAAACACUUCUUCACUGAUGCCAGUGGCAAUCGAGGGGGCCCUCCCAAUGUUGCCGUGGUGCUGGUGGAUGGCUGGCCCACUGACAAGGUGGAGGAGGCCUCGCGUCUGGCCAGGGAAUCAGGAAUCAACAUCUUUUUUGUCAUCAUUGAAGGCCCAGACAACAACGAGAAGCAAAAUGUUGUGGAGACAAACUUCGUAGACAAGGCUGUUUGCAGGACAAAUGGUUUCUUCUCUAUGAACGUGCCCAGCUGGUUCGCGCUGCGCAAGGCGGUUCAGCCCCUGGUGAAGCGGGUCUGUGAUACAGACCGGCUCGUAUGCAGCAAGACCUGCCUCAAUGCAGCUGACAUCGCCUUCGUCAUUGACGGCUCCAGCAGUGUGGGCACGGGCAACUUCCGUACUGUGCUGCAGUUUGUGGCCAACCUCACCAAGGAGUUUGAAAUCUCAGAUACAGACACGCGUGUGGGUGCUGUGCAGUACACAUAUGAGCAGCGGCUGGAGUUUGCCUUCAGCCAGCACAACAGCAAACCAGAAUUGCUCAAUGCCAUCAAGCGCAUUAACUACUGGAGUGGAGGCACCAGCACAGGGGCAGCAAUCACCUACGCAUCGGAGCAGCUCUUCAGCAAAUCCAAGCCCAGCAAGCGCAAGAUCAUGAUCGUCAUCACAGAUGGACGUUCCUAUGACGACGUCCGGGCACCAGCACUGGCCGUUCAUCGCAACGGUGUGAUCGCAUACUCGAUUGGCAUUGCCUGGGCUGCCCAGGAGGAGCUGGAGUACAUUGCUACUGACCCUGAUAAAGAACAUUCCUUCUUCGUGGAUGAGUUUGACAGCCUCUACAAAUUUGUGCCCAAAAUCAUACACAACAUCUGUCAGGAAUUCAAUUCACAGCCACGUAACUGAACAACCCAAAACUAAGCAAGUUGCUGCCGUUACCUUUUGUUUUAUUUUCGUUUCUCAUUACAGAAAACAAGUUAUAAAUAUCAUCUGUUAAAAUGGAGCUUAUAAUAUAAAAUGUCCAAAGUUAUUCUAUUUAGAAGCUGGCUGGCUGUAUUGACUAGCUGUGAAAUUUAGAGCAAUGAGGUUGUUUAUUUUCCGUGCAGCCAUCGUGGUUACAAUUAAUUUUGCCACAGGUAGGAUAAAAUAGUUUUUCUGGAUUUUGACCAUUGUAAUCAACAAGCUAAUGUGGAUAGGGUGUAUUGAGGCACUGGUUUGAUAUGAAAGUUGACUGGCAGAUCCCCUGCACAAUUAUAACAUUUAAUUUGUUUGUAACCAUGGUAACUUGAAAACUACAAACUCGUUAUAGAAUGCUAAAUGUCAGAUUGUGAACCUGUUGUAUUUGCAAGUGAGAUCAAUUAAAAAAAAAAUCAAGCAUAGAAGUUCACAAGGGCAUUAGAUAUAAUACAGAGCUACUUUGAAUGGACACUUGUAUUCAAGUUAAGAGUAUUGUUAGUAAAGCACUUACUAAUAUCAUUAUUAAUAACAUUUUAAAACCCCUGGAUUUAGUUUGUAUCAAAGUGACAGUGUUUAAAAGAGUUUUUAAAUAUAAUUUAAGUGUACAAUUUCAGCCAGGUUUCAGGCAACAAUGGUAUUUAUGGCAGUCAAUACAGCUGUCUUAUUAUUCAUUUUGUCUUUUUGGUACCUACAGCCCACAUUGUGUAAUGGUGUAAAUAGACACCUUUGCUGCUAAGCUUAGUGGGCUAAGGCUAAGUUUUAAAAUACCCCAUAUCAUGGUAUGUAAUUUAAUAUAUAAAAUCGUUUAUGUCUCAAAUGUGUUGGUGUUCUGACUUUCUGAAAUACAGAAAGUGAAAUGCAACUAUGUGAUCCCAAACAUGUUUAAAAACAGAUUUAUUACAUAUAGAAUAUUACAUAGGGAGCUGCACAAUACAAGCUGAUAUCCAUGUCACAAAAGAUCACAGCGGCAAAGUCUCUUUCUGGACAGUCUACCGUUUGAGCAGGGUGAAGAUUAACUUUGAUACUACAUCACCCAGUAAUUUAUAUAUAUAUAUAUAUAUAUAUAUAUAUAUAUAUAUAUAUAUAUAUAUAUAUAUAUAUAUAUAUAUAUACACACACACACACACACUCACAAUAAUAAUAAUAAUUAAACAGCAUAUCUUAAUGUUACGUUAUUUGAAUAUGAUACAUGCUAUCUAAUUCAAACAAUCGGAGACAGACAUUUAUAUGGCUGUAUCACAUUCAAUAUCAGAGUCUACCAAGUAUUAUGUAAGUACAGUAUGUCAGGAUUGGCUACUUUAAUGAGCUGCUGUUUUAAUAAGGAGGUUAAUCCUUUGGGUAGACUUCAAAGAUCUAUCAAAUUUGCUGGCAGUGCUGCAUCAGAAUUAUAAUACAAGUAUACGAACAUGAUGCACUAUGCAUGUCAGUACAUCAUACAGACAGAUGGCUUCAGUAUUUAGAGUAGGUGUUUCAAUACAUGGGUGUGCUUUUUCAAUCUACAAUUUGAGUUUCAGCACAUCAAAAAUUAGCUUCUCACAAUUGGGUGUAUGGCUUAGGAAGGGACUGAAUUCUAGCUCCUAUAGUUCAUGUAGUUAAUGAAUUUCAGUGUGUAAUGCAUGCAUUGAUAUCUAAUGAUCACAUGUAUAUUAUGUAUCAGGCUACACUACUGUAUGAUGUACUGUAUGUGAUUAGCAGAACUAAUGAUAUGAUUACCUAUUCCUAAUACAGCAUGCUACUGUAAAAUGAUUUAAAGAUUUCAAAUGUGUGUCUGCACAUAUCAUUUGGGUAAAACAGUAUUUUAAGUGUUACUUUAAAGCAACCAGUUGCAUCAACUUAAUGGUCAAGAUGACACCCAAAUCAAUAGUUAUAAAUGACUGUAAUAUAUAGAUAUAUAUAUAUAUAUAUAGAUAUAUAUAUAUAUAUAAUAUAUAUAUAAUCAAGUAAUGAGGGGAUUAUCACAAAUCUUGUUUAACUAAUAUUGUUUUAGGUCAAGCAGUCCGUGAUUUGUGCUAAUUUGGGUCUGUGAACCAGCCGUAAAAAUGAUCUAAAAUGAGAAUGGGAUUAAGUAAAUGUCAAAUACGUUUUUAUUUAUCACAUUCAGUACUCAAAUCGUGACAUAAAAUGUAUGUAAAAAAACAAACAACAUUUGAAAGUACAUUGAUUGGCAUAUUUUGAAAUACUGUUUUUGAUGCAGCUUUAGAUUUAAAAAAAAAGCUUUUUCGUUACAGUAAGAGAAUGUAUCUGUUGACACAAGUGGUACACACUAUGCAGUUCAAUGCACUGUAUUUGCCCCCCAAAAAUAUGUGAUGGUGCCAUUAUAAAGUAUUAUCAAAUGUUGACAGGUCCAAUGGACACAGCUUCUGUUUUAAGUGCCUUACACAGCAUCCCCAUUCAUUAAAAGUGGGUACUUUUGCAUCUGUAUACUCCUGUUUGCUAUGUAAGACUGUAGCCAUAAAACCCUUUUCUCUGCAGGCUACCAAAGCACAUAGACCCCUUUGCAUGGGGAAACGGGGGCAUGUUUCCUAUGCAUAACCCAGCUUCCUUUUAAGGGCAACAUAAUUUAAUUGUAUAUCAUUUUGCCAAAUAUAUGUUAUUAAUCUUUUCAUUUUUCGAAGAGUAUAUUUCUUAAUAUUGGAAAAAAGCCUCCUAUGUAUCAUGUAUUUUUGUGCUAUUACAUUAUAAAAGCCUACAAACUUUUGCAAUUAAAUGCCAAAGG